CGGAGCUGCUCGCACCGCGAAUGUGAAGUUGUAGUCGGUUAGCGCAACCGGUGGUCGACGGUCGUGGACUCGCUACGGCUAAUUGUUUUUUUAAGUGUUUUAAAGUGUGAGUGAACAGUGUUAACGGGACAGGCGGAGUUAGUUUGCAGAUAAGGCUGAAAUGUUCAAUUGUUAAAACGGUUUUCGAGUACAGUUAAAUUAGAACAAGUAAAAAUGCCGCGUGUCGACAACCGGCAACCGGCGGCGACCGAAGACUUCCGCCGCGUGCUGCGGGAAAAAGCACUGAACCACAGCCUGUUCUACUUGAAGCUGAGCGCAGGAGUCGCGCCCGAGCACAAGCGCGAGUCGCACGCGCACGCGCCGCGCAGGAGCAGCGGCAGUGAGGGCGCGCGCGCGCCGCCGACCGGCCGCGUCCCUCGACAGGCGCAGCCCCGCGUCUCCGAGCUCCUGCGCCGCUUCGAGCCCGGCCCGAUGCAGUACCUCCGCCCGCCGCGGGCCUCCUCUCCACUCGAAGACAUCUCGUCCUCGGACGACGACGACCGAGCGGCAGUCAGGCGCCGCAGUCGCGACCUCAGUGACGACUCCGCUGUCGAAUUAGAGACGCGUCUGCGGAGGCACUCACAUCCUAGGGAUAUCACGCCUCCGCCGGACACGAUGUCACCGAGGCGAGAGAGGACGUUGAUAGAGGCUCAUGAUGUGGAGUUGGGGCGAAGAAGUAGCGAGGGUUGUGAGAUCAGAGGGCGAUGCGUGAGGACCCCCAGCGUGGUGGUGAGCGACUACUCGGACGGGGUGGUGGCAGUGGGAGCCACGGAGGAGGAGGUCAACUGGCUGAGGUCCAGGUCCCUGUCUGCCGACUCCGCGUGCUCGUCCUGCUCCACGCUGUCCAGCCGCGAAGAUGAUGAGUUCGAGUCACCAACCCUGCCCAAAAAGCAAUCGGAAAGAUGGCGUAAACUCCGCAACAUAGUGCAGUGGACGCCGUUCUUCCAAACCUACAAGAAGCAGAGGUACCCUUGGAUCCAACUAGCUGGUCAUCAAGGAAACUUCAAGGCAGGACCAGACCAAGGCACCAUAUUGAAGAAACUUUGUCAACAAGAAGAGAAGUGUUUUCAGUUGCUUAUGAAAGACGUUCUUCGGCCAUUCGUACCUGAAUACAAAGGACAAGUCACUUGCGAAGACGGAGAAUUGUAUUUACAAUUACAAGACUUGCUGAGCGAUUUCGACAGUCCGUGCGUCAUGGAUUGCAAGAUUGGAGUCAGGACGUACCUUGAAGAAGAACUCGCUAAAGCCAAGGAGAAGACCAAGUUAAGAAAAGACAUGUACGAGAAGAUGAUCCAGAUAGACCCCAAAGCACCAACUGAUGAAGAGCACAGGAGUAAAGGCGUCACGAAGCCAAGGUACAUGAUCUGGAGGGAAACCAUCAGUUCCACUGCGACCCUCGGCUUCAGGAUAGAUGGUGUUAAGAAAGCUGAUGGCACCAGCUCCAAAGACUUUAAGACUACUAAGACUAGGGAACAAAUUGUUGAAGCUUUCAAAGAUUUCACGAGCAACUUUUCUAAUGCUGCGCCGAGAUACUUAGAAAGACUGAAGAGCAUCAGGGAUACGCUUAAAGAAUCACCGUUCUUCAGAUCUCACGAGUUGAUCGGCAGCUCCUUACUCUUCGUCCACGACAAAAGGAGGGCUUCCAUCUGGAUGAUCGACUUCGCCAAGACUGUCCCCGUACCAGAAAACGCCAGCAUAGACCACAACUCUGUCUGGAAAGUUGGCAACCACGAAGACGGAUACCUCAUCGGACUGAAUAACCUUAUCUCAAUCUUCGAAUCUCUCAUCAAAGACGAUAAUGGCAACAUAGACCAGUGCUACUCUAACGUUAGUUUAGAUAAAAAUGUUCGAAAAGAUAGCUUCGAUACUUGAAGUAUCGUGACCUGAGAGAAAUCUCGUGAGAAUUGACUGUGCACAGUGAUGUUGUACUGUUAUGCAUUUUCAGUAGUUGUACUGAGCUGUACCGAUCUGAUGGCUUGUUUAUGCGACGCAAAACUUUGAACGGGACGAAGUUACAGCAUGGUAGACGUUAUUGAUUAUAACGCAAGCAUCGAUUGAGGAGCGGAUCAAGUUGGGCAUCGCAAAAACAUGUCAACUGACACGAUCAUUUUGAUCGUACCCAUUCACGACUACGUACCUAUAUUUGUUUAUAUUCUUGUAAAUAAUCUAUAGUAUUAAAUAUUAAUGUGUAUUACUGUUAAGUUUAAAAUACUCAAUGCUAGUGUUAGGUUUGGGCACCACCAAUAGUGUUAAUGUUUUUGUUUCAGUAAUGAUAACGUAAAACUAUAUUAUAAGGUUAUUUCAAGUACCUAAUGACUUUAACUGAACAGAUUCUGAUCAAUUUGUAGAACAAAUUAAUUAUUGCUAGUUUAAAAGAACUGAAAUACAGUAAAUACAUGGAGAUCAUUUGAAUCUCCUGACUUUAUACCUUAAGUUUUAUAAUUAGAUAUUUGAAACUGGUAUAGUAAAUUCAUAAAUAGAUAUUUAUUUUGCUUUUAAGUACACUAUAUUAGUGUAAUGACUACAAGUCAAUAUAUAAGGCUAAAACAAUCUGAAGGUACUAAAUAAAAGUAAUAUCUUGUCAA